CUCGUUUAACCUCCAAGGUUUUUCGAAAAUGUUUCACCCUCCCUCUGCUUUUCUAUCAAGAAAGUUGCUCAGUUUUUACCUGCAAAUGUUUCUGUGGAAGCGUUAGGUGUUUAAAGUGGUGCACUGAAGGACAACAUACUCACUGAAAGUCUGUUUAGGACUAUUAAGAGCCCAUUAAGUUCAGAAAAGUGCAACAAUUUCACCCCAAACAUAAGAGCUAACAGCAGAGGGGGGGUGGUCACUGUCGGGUCUUACAGCUGUGAAACAUGGACCCUCCAACGGGGCCGACAACGGGCCCUUAUGACUACGACAUGCUGGUUAUUGGAGGGGGGGCAGGGGGUCUGGCUGUGGCAAAGGAGGCCGCAGGGUUGAGGAAAAAGGUUUUGAUCCUCGACCUCCUGACUCCUUCUGUAAGAGGCUCAGAGAGAGAGCUGGGAGGUUCCAGCGUGAACAUCGACAGCAUCCGGAAGUUUCUACAACAGGCGUCUCUGCUGGGGAAAGCUCUCCAAGACUCUCAGAAAUAUGGCUGGAAGUUGAAAGAAAAUGCACCUCAUGUCUGGAGUGAUCUGGCGGCGGCCGUGCAGCAGACGGUGGAGACUCGAAGUCAGGAGGUGAAGAGGGAGCUGAAGAACUGUGGAGUCUUUUACAUCAGAGCUCAUGGAAAGAUAGUGGAGUCGCACACUGUGGAGGUGACAGAAGUGAACGGGAGGAAGAGGCUUCUGAAAGCAGAGAUCAUCGUCAUCGCUACAGGAGACAGACCUCAGUAUCUGGACAUACCUGGGGCCAGAGAGCACUGCGUGACCAGUGAGGACCUCCUCUCCCUGCCUCACCCUCCAGGUCGGACCCUGGUUGUGGGCGGGUCUUCUGAGGGUUUGGAGUUCGCUGACUUCCUGUUUGGCCUCGGCCUGCCGGUCACCGUCCUCCUGCAGCCGGACCUGCUGCCGGGGUUUGAUCAGAAGAUGGCAGAGAAGAUAGAAAACCACAUGAUCGUCAGUGGAGUGGAAACGCUUCACAAGUGUACACUCGCCAAGGUGGAGAAGACUGAAGCUAAGGAGGACGUUUCAGGUGGUUCUUCAACAUCAACACAGUCUUCUAAGGGACGACUUCGAGUGACCAUCAUCACAUCAGAAGGCCAAACUGAACAGAGAGACUUUGACACGGUGCUGCUCAGCGUUGGAAGAAAAGCCUCCACUAGUGACAUUGGUCUGGAGUGUGUUGGAGUGCAGUGCAGCCCAGACAGUGGCAGGAUCCUGGUGAACGAGAGGGAUCAGACCGAUGUGGAUCAUAUUUACGCCGUCGGAUCAGUGCAGCAUGGACGCCCCUCCACCACCGGCCUCGCAGUGCAUGCUGGGACGCUGCUGGCCCGUCGGCUCUUCAGAGAAGACACCACCUUGUGUGAUUACACCAAUGUUCCCAUUGUUGUGCUGACUCAAAUGGAGUAUGCUGCCUGUGGUCUGACUGAGGAGAAAGCCAAUACAACAUUUGGAGAAGCCAGUGUCGAGGUGUAUCACAGCUACUACUGGCCGCUGGAGUGGGAACUUCCUGCCAGGAAUAAAUACUCCUGCUACGUGAAAGUCAUCUGCCACAUCCCUGACCUGGAGCGAGUGCUUGGUGUCCACAUCCUGGGCCCGAACGCUGGAGACAUCCUCCAAGGCUUCGUCGCAGCGAUGAAAUGUGGACUCACCAAAGAACAGCUGGACGCCACAGUGGGCCUCCAACCCGGGUCCGCCCAGGUGUUCAGCUCAUUGACGGAAACCCAGCGCAUGACUGAGGCCUUGAUGAUGAGAGGAAACUGCUGAGGUUAGCCCCCUGCUGUCAAGCACAGUUGCCUAUAGCAACAGUGUAAGACAGCAGGGAGGUAUUUAACGUGUUUUAGCGGCAGUUUGGCUAUCUCACCAUCCAAUGACGUCCUCACCUGCAUCCUGUCCUGCAGGCGGGCGAGGACUGAUGACACUGCGCCUGACACACGUCUCGUUUUCUGCUUUUCGGUUUGUUUACACUUUUUCUCAAUCAAUGGCUUUGUGCGUAGCUUUGAAAUACGGAGUACAGAACCAUUGAUUCGCUUAAAAUGUACGGAAGAUAAGAAGCUCCCCAAGGUUCUGCCUGAAAGUCUCUGUAAGCUUUACUAUAGCUGAGUUUCUACAGGCUGCAGGAGAGUGAUAAGGCUCCAGGACUGGAUGCAUUUAAAUGGAGUUAAAGCUCAGGAUUAUACUCUUUCCAUGACGCGGUUUUACAGCCUUAUUUUCAUGUAAUGAACUAGAAGGGGAUUAUGGAAUUACCCAAAUAAAUAGUGUUUAUUGGCGAAUGCUCUCACUUUAAUGUAUGCAUACAGUGUUUUUAUUGAGACAGUAGGCCAGCGUUUGUGAGUUUGUGAUUCGCUCUAUUGUUUGCUUUCCCUCUUUUAUAUUCUCUCUCUGCCUCUGAGCACAGUGACGCUCUUAAAACAACAGUUACAUAUUCAUGCAGGGCAUUAAACUAAGUGUCUCGUACAAACUAAUGCGGGACUGGAGUGCGGAUAUUUAAUAAAAGCAUGUCGCUGAAGUUCCCCCACCUCCUCAGCUCCACACUCUGCAUACCACUUUGGUUCGUGCAAGGACGUCAUUUGUAUUCUUUGUGUGUUGCAGCCCAUUCAAUCCCAUGUCAAUGCCUGUUUUGAACGUGCAUUAUACUGUUGCUUGCUUAACAUUGUUGCCAUUAAAUGCACAUUUUCUUUAGAGGUUCUCCUCCAGACCACCUUCUGAUUCUCUGACCUGCUUGUAAGACGGAUAUCCUAAUUACAGAAAGUGCAGUAUCUCUCAGCGUGUGCCAUUGAAACAGCCAUUAAUGCAUAAUUUGAUGACUGUGUAAGGUUAAGAAGCUGCUUGGAGGUCUCGCGAUCAAUCACUGCCUUGCUCUUGGACAGAGUUCACCUGAGUGUCCUGUAGCACCACUAGAUGGCACUGUAGCUGUAUGUGGAAUAUAAGAGAGCAAUGUGGAAAAUAAAUAAAAAUAACGCUGAUGCAGCAAUGUGUGGGUUAAUGAAACACAUUACAGUCGAAUUGAUUCUGCUAAUGCAACUACUGUAAUACUGCUACCAUGAUUACUAAUGAUAUUAUUACUUUAUGUGAGCGCUAGCAAUAAAACUCCUUCUGCAGCUGCUGCUAUGAGGGUAAUCACUGAAA